AUGACAUCUGAUUUGGCAGAAGAGCUCUCACUUCUGUCCAUCUCAGAGGACCUAGUACCCUCUACGGGCGAGACACCAUCGCAAGAAGUGAUCCUCGCAUUCGACGGGCUUCUGUGUCCGCCUCUCGUUCUUCAGACCAACGAGACAGAAUGUGGAGGGAAGCUGUGGCCAGCGGGCAUAGUUCUGGCGGAAUAUUUACUCCGCAACAAGAUGGAUGAGAUAGUAGGCAAGAAGAUAAUUGAGCUCGGCGCUGGCAGCGGCCUUGUGGGCCUUGCACUCGCGAUCGGUCUCAAAUCCACCGGCGUUCGAACCACCACGAUCCACUUGACUGAUGGUCACCCGCCGCUUCUUUCCCUUUUACAGCACAACAUCGAUCUCAACACGCCCAAUCUCGGCAACUCGACUACUGUUUUGCCAUAUCUUUUAUCUUGGGGCCAUCCAAUAUCUCCCACGAUUCCCAGUCCACCAGACAUUCUCUUAGCGGCGGACUGCUCCUACCUUGAGUCGAAUGUGCCUUUGCUGACAGCAACUAUGGAAGCAUUGAUGGGAAAUGACACCGUAUGUUAUUUCUGCUAUAAAAAGAGGAGGAGGGCGGAUAAGGACAUGAUACGCAAGUUGAGCAAGUUGUUUGAGGUUGAUGAGAUCAAGGAGUGGCAGAAGGACGGCGUAUUCCUGUAUGAGAUAAAUAAGGGAAAGUCAAUCCUAGGCGCGGGCCAAACAAGAAAUGGACUAUGA